UUGUGUAAUAAUCCGCAUAAGGAAGAGGAAGUGAGCUCGUUAUACUUCUUUCAGUCACAUUCUGUGGUCAUGGAGGAGCACAGGGGGAUCAGAGCACCAAACUCCACCAACUAUGGAGCCAUGGGGCAGCCGUUCGACCCCAAUUACCUCAUGCCAUCAGAGAAAGCAAUGUCGUCAGCGCUAAUGAAUCCAGCUAUGGCUCCAGCCAUGACGUCGCAGGGGGCUCCUCUUACUGCACCUGCAGUAGUCACUGAUGGUCCAACAGCGCCACCCGCUGACUGGGAGGUUAUUCCAGGGUAUGAAGGCAUGGGCAGCGAUGAUGGCGGUAAAUUUCUGCCGCCACCACAACCGGGGCUGAUCCCGGGCUCCAUGCCGACACCUGCAAACACCAGCUGGACAAUCCCAUCGGUCUCAGAAAAUGAUGCUAGAAAUGCCCUGAAAGAUUUUGCCAAAAAUAAAUGCUGCUACCGCACCACCCCUGCAGAGGAAAUGGACUUCCAUGAACUUCGACCUUUUAAUACAUACAGGUAUCGACUGGAGACGUUCACAGAGUCCCGGACAUGUAAAUGGGUGACCACACCUUACACUGGUCAGUCUGUGGAUUCACCAGUAUUUGGCAUUCCCCCUCAGCCAUGGGAUGUACCCAUCCAGAUCCCAGCUAUGUUCAAAGAUGAGAUAAUGAAGAUGCCUGUUCCUCAUACAUCUUCCUUGAAGGCCUGUCCUCAGUGUCUGGGAAUCUGCAAAACGGUGUGCAAGAAGUGUCAUGGCACAGGCCGUGUGAGGUGCUGGGUUUGCAACGGGACUGGACGCCGUUUCGAUGACCCCUGUCACCGCUGCAGAGGACAAGGCACAGAAAGCUGCACCACUUGUCACAGCACCAGAUAUGAGAGGUGUGUGGGAUGUUCUGGACGCGGACAGAUCCUGAACUACAUCGAGCUGACUGUCACAUGGAAAAAUAACAUUUAUGAGUUUGUAGCCGAACACAAUUCAGAGUUUCCUACAGAUCUGUUCAAAAAGGUCAAUGGAGAAAUGAUCUUCAUGGAUGAGCAAAUGCUGUUGUCUCCCUUGGUUAAUUUCCCAGCUCAGUCCAUAAAUCAGUCUUCCCAGAAUGCCUUGCAGCAGCAUCGCACCCAGUUUUUUUCCACAAGUCGGGUGCUCAGACAGAGACACAGCAUCGAGUGGCUGCCGCUCACCAAGGUGGAGUACAUCUGGAGGGGGAAUCGCUAUGACUACUUUGUGUACGGAAAAGAGAACCGAGUGUACACUGACAACUACCCACAGAAGUGCUGCUGCGUCGUCAUGUGACUUGUACCUGUCCCAGGACAGCUCUCGUCAUGCCUCUUUCCAGAAGGUUCCUCAUGGGCGGAGUCUGUGAUGUUGCAGCAGCUCACAUGAUUGGCCUGUAUGAGGUCCUUUCCAGACAAUAAAAUCACAAUCCAGUGCUUUACAUUUUAACAGACCCAGUGUAAUACCGGACCUCAUUACAAGGGUAUAUUCACACCUCGCUGCGCCAUGGCAAAACUACAUGCAGAUAAAAGUCGCUUUUGUCACAGUUCUAAUGUAAUUGCAGUGGGGGCUUAUUUACAUGUUUAUAUUUUCAGUUUCUACUGUUUAAUGAUACAAUUGUAUCAAUGGGAGCAAUAAAAAAAAA